ACAACGGAGUCCUAGAUCACAUGAUCAAAUGUCAGAGCACAGUUUAAAAACAUGUCGCUGCACUUUACAGAUGCGGAAUUUCUGGAGGCAUGGAAGGAAUUAGAUAAACCUCAGUUGGAGGGGGGAUGGGAGUUUUUCACAGAGACUAUGGGUGUCAAAAUCUACCGGCUGUAUGACAAGGAAACUGGACUUUAUGAGUACAAAGUAUUUGGAGUGCUUGCCACCUGCACUCCAGAACUGUGUGCUGAUGUCUACAUGGACUUGCCCUAUCGGAAACAAUGGGAUGGAUAUGUCAAAGAGCUGCAUGAGAAGGACUAUGAUGGUCAUUCAGCAAUCUACUGGGAGGUGAAAUACCCUUUUCCUCUGUCAAACAGAGACUACGUGUACGUCAGGGAGCGGAGGGACGUUGACGUGGACAGCAGGAAGAUCUGGGUGGUCCUGGCUAAGAGCUCCCCACUGUCCCCGUUACCAGAGAAGAGUGGGGUGCAGCGAGUGAAUGACUACAAGCAGACUGUGGCCAUGGAGAGUGAUGGUGCCUGUGGCACUAAAGUCUUCAUGAAUUACUUUGAUAACCCUGGUGGUAAUAUUCCAACCUGGCUUGUGAACUGGGCAGCCAAGAGCGGAGUGCCUGCCUUCCUUACAGACAUGCAGAAGGCCUGUGGCAAUUACUCAAACUACUGCCAGAAGAACAAGAAAUGAACGCCCUUUGUGGGAAGUCGCAUCAAAGCCACAAGGAUUGUAUUUUUCAACCCAUCGUUCAAUAUAGUCUACACUCACGGUGUCUGAGGGCCAUUGUGUGUGUUUUGGGUAUGGUUUGAGACUUAUUACGAAGUCAAUAGGUGAAAGUGGUGUUGGUGUAAUCUGCAGCUGGAUGUGGUACUGACUGGGGCAUGUACUGUAUUUUAGUUAUUAGUUGUAUAAAAAAUAAAUUUCAAUUGAAGUUAUCUGGUACUGAAUUCCUACUCCUAUGUAAAUGUUGUAUUUUGGGCAUGCCCACAGUAAGGGCUUGGAUGAGAUCUGUAGUGAUCUACCCCCUGUUUUAACGAGUACUGUUUCUUUGACUACAAUGGCUUUUCCUUUUAUUUUCCUGUUUGUUAUGGUCAAAUAUAUGUUGUUUUUUUAAAUCCUACAUUUUUUCAUGUAUGAAUGUUCAGUCAAUGAAUGAUAUGCAUUUUUGCACUUGUGAUUAAGCACUGAAAUCAGAUCAACUUUCAAACCUUAAUGUCUAUAGGAAGAAAUGCAGUGCUGUAAUUAUAUGUAUUUCCCUAAUGGACAUUUUGAAUGUACAUAAAAAAUAAAAAAGAUAUUGUCCUAUCAUUAAAAGUUCCCUGCACUGAUUUUUUUGUUAUACUUGAAAUUGACAAAAACACGAUAAUGAAAUAGUUGAAGUUAAUUAUUCAUAUGUUGAAUCUUCGAGAGCUAGACCUAUACCUCUUUAUCCUUAUGUGGUUGCAGUUAGGUCUCCAGUUCUGUGGAGGUGAUAAGUGUGUAUUACUAUCUAAUACAUAUCAAUAAAAUGACGGCUGAGAUGAAG